CGCCGUUCACUUCUUCGUGCAGUGUCGAACGGUGCGGAUGGUUGUCGUCGGGUUGGGUUCGUUCUACUCGGGGUCUCAUUCACUUACCAUUUUCGCAGGCUGCGCAUGCGAAACAAAUAGAAAAGCAGAACCGAGUGCGAAAAGAACUAGAGCAAGAGCGAUAAGUAAUACCUUCGAAGUGACAAAAAUAAAAGAAAACAAAGAACAAUUAAGUGCAGUGGAGAAAUGCAGACCAAAUAAUGGCAGAGAUUUUUACCACGUAUUAUUUACCUUUGUGCGCCGCCAGCAGUAUUUGAGCAACAUUUUGACUCGGACUUAGCCGAUCGCGAUCGCUCAUCGCUUAUCGCUUGCGCAACAGCGUUUACCUUACCCAAUUUCGUACCGCCCACAAAACGCCGACGCCGUGUGUUUUCUACAACAGUAUCGAUUUGGUGGCUUUAUUUACAUGCGCCCUUAUCACAGUGCCUCGCAAGAGGGAGCGCCCAUUAGCACAUUCUAAAAAGCAAAAAAAAAGAAAACACUCCCGAGGAUUAUUCAAAUAUUUGAGUGCGCGACUCGGCCCGCCGAUAAGAUGACCACCCGUGUGGUGUCCAGGUGCAAUAGUGCCAUAAAUUGAGGCCAGGUUCGGACCAGGCCCUUCAAGUUCCAUCAGAUAAACCUUAGAAGUAGACAAUCCCCCUAAUCUCUACGAUGAGUACCCUUCGUCCGGGAAGUGUUUGCGAUACCACGCCGCUCCAGAGAUUUGAAAGCCAGAGCAGCAGCGGCGAAGAACCUUCUUCACCGACGGCUUCUAGUAUUAUAGCCGCCGCUGCUGCAUCUUCAACCAAAACCCCCAACCAUAACAACAAUAAUGUAAAACUGGACCUACAGCUGCCAACUUUCGUUGGAAAUUCCGGAAACCAUGGAACUUUAUAUAUUGUCCCCAACAACAAGCAGACAUUGCGUGGCCCUCGACAAAUCUUCGGAAGGAUUCUCAUGGAUCUCUGUUUGCUCAGCUGCGUGGGUCUGCCGAUGCUGGGUUUUUCGCUUUGGGGCGAGGCCUUUACGCGUGGAUUCUUCUGCAAUGACUCUUCGUUGAGACAUCCGUAUAAAGAGUCCACCAUGCCCAGCUGGAUACUUUACUUAAUGUGUGGCGCACUGCCUUUUUGUGUGAUGCUCGUGGUGGAGUUCUUUAGGGCCCAGGAUAAGCGAUUACAUGGCCCUUUUGAGAAGCACAGAAUGGGUAGUGGCUAUCAUCUUUGCCACUUGGAGUUGCCCACUUGGCUGCUGGAAUGCUAUCACAGAAUAGGAAUCUUUAUCUUCGGCUUGGGCGUGGAACAGCUAACCACAAAUAUAGCCAAGUAUUCUAUUGGCAGACUGAGGCCUCACUUUUACACGCUCUGUCAACCUAUUAUGCCUGAUGGCAGUACUUGCAGUGAUCCCAAAAAUGCUGGACGUUAUAUCGAAGAGUUCACCUGUGCGGCUGUAGAUAUAACUUCAAAGCAAUUCAAGGACAUGCGUCUUUCAUUUCCCAGUGGGCAUGCAAGCUUUGCCUGUUAUUCCAUGCUCUACUUGGUGAUAUUCUUACAACGCAGGAUGCACUGGAACCGCAUGCGAAUGCUGCGCCACCUUUUGCAAUUCCUGCUGCUCAUGUUCGCCUGGUACACGGCUCUCAGUCGAGUUUCCGACUACAAACACCACUGGUCUGAUGUUUUGGCGGGAUCUGGCAUAGGUCUUACCUAUGCCGUUGUUGUGACCUCGACUAUGUGGUAGGCUGGAUCCUUGACUUUUUUAAAGGGGUUGCAAACCCCCACCCCACCGCGCUGAGCUGCAUUUCGCUUUAAGAUGUCUUGUCUACUGAAAUUUCAGUUUUAUCUUAGUUUUAACUCUGACCAUGUCUGCAAAGUAGUAUCUAUUUAUCUAUGUGUGAACGAUUUUACUUAAUAAAUUUCAGUUUAAUGUGUUUUACCCUAAA